AUGGGCGGCACGCAGGAGUCAGAUCCGAUUGUUUCAUCUGACCCUGUCGUCUCGCCUGCUGGUGAGUCUGUAAAAAAGAGGCACAAGGCGGAACACGUGGAUGUGCACUCAGCGCCGAAAUCGCAGCUUGUUUUCCUGCCGUCGCUCCCGCACGCAUCUCCUGCUGCUGCUGCAGGUCUGGUCCCAGUUAGGCCGACAGCAGCAACCCCGAGCCAAAAAGCAGCUUCGGUCCCAGCCAAGACGGCAGGUUCAGUCCCAGGCCUGGUGAUCGACAGGCAUGGCAGUUUGAGUAUGGAUGCAGAGAGGGAAAGAACCAAGCGCAAGAGGGAGAGCCUAGACCAGCUGAAAUCCCACCUCGAGAAUUCCCUGAAGGGUGACUUGGUGACUGGUGAAGGGGAGGUGAGGAAGGGGAGUAAGGAGAGAGGUGUGAGAGAGGGAAGUGAGGAAAAGCAAGAGAAGGGGAAUGGUGCUGAGAAGCGGAAACGACUGGAUGAUAUCCUCGAAGGCAGUUCCAGCAGCGGAGAUGCUGUGUCUGGGAUCAGCACUGGGAGUGAGGGGGGGUCAGGAGGUGGUGCGGUGGUGCUGGAGGGAGAGGAGCUUUCUCUCUAUCUUAAAGCGCAGCAGAGUGUGGGGGCAACUAGCAAAGGAAGAAUGGGGGCAUCAGGCACAGAUGCUGUUUCUUCUAUGAUGGGUUUCCAAGGAAGGGGAAGGUGCGGGGCAGUGGGGGCAGAGGAAGAUGGUUUCACGGUGCAGGAACUGCAGUCGCCUCAGGUGCCGAAACACCACCAACAGCAGAGGGAGCAACAGCAGGCGAAAGCAAUGCAGAAGAAGCGCCUGUCCUCAGAACUCUACGGGACAGAGAGCACCCGAGUCCCUGCCAUCAGUGCUGGUCUCUGCACUCCUGGUCAUAAAUCUCCUGCUUCUCAUAAACCUCCGGCUCCUUGCAAGUCUCCUGCUGCUGAUAAGUCUCCUGCUGUUUAUAAAUCUCCUGCUCCUCUCUCUGCAACUGCUGCACGGUCUUCAGCUGCUGAUGCCGGUACGAGGUUCUGUCCCCUGGUGGUUCCACUAGCAGAGGACAAGGAUUACUCGCAUCAUCACACCCCCUUGCCUAUGAACACGCCGACCCGUCCCCUGCAGUCUCCAGUCCUCGCCGGAGCUGCUGCCAAUAGAAUAGCAGGGUUCCCCUAUGGUAGUGGUGGAAAGCAGUCAGAUGUGCUGAGGGAGGUGAACCGGAGCAGGGAGAUGGAGAGGGGAUGGUCAGCUUCUCCUGCCAAGAAAGUGAAAAUCACUGAUAAGGUACACGUGGACCAGCCUGCAGGGUCGUCGGAGCAUGUGAAAGCAGCAGCACACGUGCUUCAUAAGCAGAAUAGGGAGCCAAUUGGGGCGCCUUCCAAGGCCACAGGGAACAAAAAGGUAGUAAAACAGGCGACCUUAGCAGCUUUCCUGGGGAGGAGGAAGAGCAGCUGA